CAUCAUCCGGAGCGCAAUGGCUAGCAAAAUAGGACCAGAGCAUCUCUUCAACCCAGGGACCGAAGUGGAGGCAGCGGGAACUCUGCUGGGUACCAAGAUGUCCAUCCCAGCUCUCUUGCCCCAAGGCCCUGCCAAGGAAUGGCUGGAGCAGCGGAAAGCCACCAUCCGGCCCUGGGCCAACUUUGUCGACCAGCGGCGCUUUGGGAAGCCCCGGAAUUUCGGGGAGCUGUGCAAGCGGCUUGUGCGCAACGUGGAGUAUUUCCAGAGCAACUACGUCUUCGUUUUCUUGGGGCUCAUUGUCUAUUGCCUCAUCACAUCCCCUCUACUCCUGAUUGCACUCGCCGUCUUCUUUGGGGCCUGUUACAUCAUCUACCUGAAGACUCAGCAGUCACAGCUCGUCGUGUUUGGCCGGGAACUCAGCACAGCCCAUCAAUACGGCCUGGCCGGAGGCAUUUCUUUUCCCUUCUUCUGGCUGGCAGGAGCCGGAUCUGCUGUUUUCUGGGUGCUGGGUGCCACUUUGGUUGUCAUCGGUUCCCACGCUGCCUUUCAUGAGCUGGAAUCUGGAGAGGGCGAUGAACUGCAGAUGGAGCCAGUGUGAAGAGCCCAGCAGAUGCCGGUCGCCUCCUUUACAUCCCCAGCGCUUU